AUGGAAUUGUUGACAAGAAUAGAAGAAAUAUACAAAAAUAAUAAUUCUGUUGAUAUCGCAAAUGUAUUAAUAAGAAUUGGUCAAGUAUAUUAUGAACAAGGUGGAUAUAACAUUCUACCAGCAUUCCAUCCAGAUUAUGCAUAUGGCCUCUAUCGUAUGGGUCAAAUUUAUUAUGAUAUGAAUUGUUUAACAAACAAUUUGCAGUAUCGUAAACGAGCUUUACAUCUAAGAGAACAAAUAUUAUUCAAAGACCAUCAGCAUAUUGGUCGAAGUUUAUAUGAAUUAGGAAACAUCCGUUCAAAAGAAGAUGAUCCACAAGGUACAUUGGAAUUUUAUUUACGAGCACUUGAAAUCUAUAGGAAAACGUUUGAUGAUGGUAAUAGUACUCAUCCAUAUAUACCUGCAAUUCAAAAUGACAUUUCAAGAGUAAGAGACCGCCUCAGCAUCGAUUUGUGA